CCGAAACCCACCCAAAUGUCAACGGGCCCGAAGACCGCACCAUAUAAGAGCGGCUCUACAGAAAAGACCAGCAAGAAGCCUGCGCUUGCUCCCGCUUCAUCUGCGGGUCGACAGGAGAGCCAGAAAAGGAAGAAUGCCGAGCACGUAGAGGACGCCCCGGAGGAGCCAAAGAAACUUAAGAAAGCCAAGGUGGAGAAGGAGCAGAGCAAACUGCAGAGAACAGUGAAGAAAGGCAAGGAAAAGGCGGUCGAGAACUCAGUGACUGAGCCUCCUGAGACGGAGGCGGCUAAGGGAAAGGCGCAGGAGCCGAUGAAGAAGUCGAAAGGCGGGGAGAAGGUGACGCCCUCACUGGCAGGGAGUGCAAAGGGGGGAAAGUCCUCGUCAGUCACGACGUCGCCGAAGACCAAACAAUCGACAUCCAAUGCACAGGCUAAGCCCAAGCCUGCUCUCAUCAGCCACGAGGGUGCGAAGCCGAAAUCUUUGAUCAAAGCCGCAGUCAAGGCAGUCGCGACGACCAAGAAGGCCAAGAAGGCGAAAUCCCCGUCUCCUGCACCCAGCGAGUCGGACGACGAGUUAUCUCUAGCGGACGACGAAGAAGAUGAAGGCGAUGAACACGAAGAAGCCGACGGUCAGUCAAGCGACGAGGGGGAUGAUGAAGACGACUCAGACGAUGUCCAUCUCCAUGGCUUCUCGUCCGACGACAACUCCUCUGACGAAGAGCUUGAAGACGGUAUUGGGUUGGACGUCUCCAAGUUGCCUACUAUAGCGAAAGAUGAUGAAGCCGUCAAGCUUAAGCUAGAAAAAGCCAAGCGUGAAGCUAACCAGGAUCGCGGCGUGAUAUACCUUGGUCGCAUACCGCACGGUUUCUAUGAGGAUCAAAUGCGCGCAUACUUUUCUCAAUUUGGCGAGAUUACCAGGCUUAGGCUAUCACGGAACAAGAAGACUGGUCGUUCCAAGCACUACGCAUUUAUCGAGUUCGAUUCAUCUUCGGUCGCACAGAUAGUGGCGGAGACGAUGGAUAACUACCUGUUAAUGGGUCACAUCCUCCGCUGCAAAGUCAUCCCCAAGGAUGAAGUCGACCCCCAUCUAUGGAUCGGUGCGAACAGGAAAUGGAGGAGGGUGCCGAGAGACCCGGUCGCGAGAGUGAAGCAUAAUAAGCCUCGGACAGAGGAAGAGCAAGAAAAGGCCGAGAACCGCCUGAUCAAGAGGCAGGAAACCAUAAAACGGAAGUUGCAAGAGGUUGGAAUCGAUUACGACUUUUCGCCGGUGGCGUAUAAAAAAAGGACCAAGGCUGUUGAAACCUGAUGUCUUCGCUCGUACGUAUAUCGCUACAUGUUUGGGUGUAGUGGUUGUAUACUGCCCGUUCAGGGUACUGUUUGGCACUGCCUACGUGCAUACCUCUCGC